GAGACAGGGUUUCUCUGUGUAGCUUUGCGCCUUUCCUGGAACUCACUUGGUAGCCCAGGGUGGCCUCGAACUCACAGAGAUCCGCCUGGCUCUGCCUCCCGAGUGCUGGGAUUAAAGGCGUGCGCCACCACCGCCCGGCGUAACUGAAAUUUUAAUCGGUUCCCACAGGUUAAGUCUGCCACCAGCCCCUGUGUGCCAAAUUAAGAGAUAAUGAUAGUGAAGGACAGGUCUGAGGGCUCCAGGUAUGUCUUUGAGAUACCCACACAACUGUUGGUAUAAAAUACAUUUCUGGUGAAGAAAGUUGAAGAAAAAAAAAUGCUUGAAGAUGAGAAAGAAUUUUAGAUGGUAGUUUUGUCCCAAAAGAUUUUUUCAAAAUAGAAAUAAAAAUCAGUAAAACAAAACCAGAAAAUGUAAUCAUGCUACAAAAGAUCCAAGCAGCAAGAAAACGUAUAGACAGAACACGUAACGACAGCAUAAUUAGGUUCGCUGUCAUUAGCAUUUACUCAGGUUUCUCUUACAGUCAGACUACUGCUUAGAUGCUUAUUUCCCAUCAGGCUGCUCCAGACAUGAGGAGGCAACAGUUCGCAGUUCCUUUACAGACUAGGGCAAUACUGCUCUAGUGAUUUUUAUUCCUGAACACAGGCAAAGCCCCAUUUCUUAGAACCCCACUGAGGGCAGUUUUUCCAGUGUCCUGGUUCCCCACAACUGUGCAAACGUUGCCCCUUUAGAACCAUCUCUUUGGCCCAGGGUUUCUCUGAAAUAGCAGGUUGUUAUCUGAAUAGAAAAUUCAUUCUUCCUGAGUUAAGGUUACCAACUGGGCCUGUGCUUGUGACUCUCAUCGUUUCCCCUUGACCUUUUGGACUAUCUCUGUUUUAUAUCUGUUGUAGAGAACCCUAAAAGGCAAAUUUAAAAGCUGAAGAUAAGACCCUGUUGCUGAAGCCACCACAUACUUGGGAUACAGAACUUGGAAGGAUCGGCUAGAACUGACCUUCUGGAAGCCUCCUUCCCAAAGGCUGGCUCUCAUAUCGUCAGAGGAGGUGAUCCACAGUCCUUCCGAGCUGUAAAGCUCACAAACCACAAUAAUGACUGGACCAGCAAGAUAUCCAUAACAGUGCACUACUGAUAUUUUUAUCUUAGAGAAAAACAACAGCUGUCUAAACUUAAGACCCUCUUAAUAAGGAAGGAAUUUAUGCUGCUAUUGUAAACCUAGCCAACAACUGCCCAUGGCUGGAGAGGUCAUACAGCCUAAUAGAAAACCUACUAUCACUUCCCUACACUAAUGAAAUUUCUAACUGCAUUCUAAAUACUUAUCCCUAAACCCAAAGACAAAUAUAGUUCUUAGCUCACUGUCAAAGAAGCUAUUUGGUUACUUUCUUUUUCUUUCAACAGACAGAGGCUACUACACAGAUCCACAGCUGGUGAAAAUGCAAAGGAUAAGUGUCUGUGGCAUGCCCAGCCACACCUCAGACAUCUCAAUGAACACCUUGGAAGGACUAUAGGAGCCUCAGGACCAGGGUGUCUGCUGCUAAAUAGUGCCCCCUAGAUAUGACAGGAGGCAGACACCUCGGAACUCUAAACAGUAUAGUUGUUUAAAUAAGACCAACGUAAUUAACAGCACCAGCUGACAUGCAAGUGUGGAUAAGGGAAAUCCACAAGGUCCCACCCCAAGAUGAAGACCUACAGGUUCAAUGGCCACUGAGAGAGAGAAUCACUUUUGUCCAGGGACAUGCUCCCACAUAAAUUGUCCAAUUCCAAGUGAUUAGACCUGGACACGUGUACACACAGGCAAGGCCAGACUCAGUAGGUUGUAUAUACGUAUGUAUACAUGUGUAAAAAUAAUUUAAAAAUAAGAGGCUGUGACUUUGAAAGGGAAGAAGGACAUAACAGGAGUUAGCAAAAGGACAGAAAUGAUACAGAGGACUCACAUAUACAUUUAUCAAAAUUUUUAAUUUAAAAAUACUAUUAUCUGGUAAUUGUGUUGAAUAAUUUUUUAAAUGAUGCUAUAGAUAGCAGAAGAGAACACAAAUCAAUCUGUGGGGAAAAUUAGCAUUUUAUACAUCUAAAAUAUACAUGAAAACAACUAAAAUAUCAUUUCUUAAAUAAAAGUGUUGCCAUGACCAAGAUAAGGGGAAAAUACCUUUACCUCAUUUCUUCCCACUUGGGUUUCUGAAACAGUGAGUUGGUUAGUGAUGACAUGCAUUUUCCUGGAACAUUAACAGAAUAUAAUAUGAAAAAUAUUUAGCCUUGAUGAGACAGGAAGGAGCUUCAGGCAACUGAAAGGAAACUCGUGCAUUAGAAACAAUAGCUAGAGUUCUAGAAGGGAGAAGAGCAGAACACAGGGGCUAUGAAGGGGAAAACUGAAAGGGGAAGGGAUGUGGGGGUACAUAAACAAAACAGAGAGAGGGAAGGAAGCGGGAGUGAUAGGUAACACUAAGAAUGUUUUCUUAAAGUCACAGGCAAACAUUAUUUUAUGUCCAAUAUAUACUAUACAUCAACGUGCAUGUAUAUAUACAUAAACACUCAUACAGUUUGAAUGAAGUUACAGCACUUGGGGUGAUAAUGGCUUCCCCAAGAGCCGUAGACUAUCUAACAAAAACUGCAGCACCAGGCAAGUGGAACCUGCCGUCUAACCAUUUGUUAGGGGGACAGAAAUACCCAAAACAAUACAGGUAUUGCUUUCGCCCUUGGUUGUCUCCCAGAACUUGAACUUCAGACCCUUCUGCUGAAGACACCACACACUUAAGAAACAGGAGCUGCCUCCAGCUGAGCUGGCACUGACCCGGAAGCCUCCCUGGAUUCUCAAGCAUGUUAAGUUGCUGUGCAAGCUGCCAAGGGAUACGAGCAAUCAACAGUCCUCCUCGGCUGUGAUACCUACAAACUACAGCUUGGCCAGCAAGGCAAGAUAUCCCCAAGGGUGAAACAGUGGCACUUAGAUCUUAGAGAUGUUUGAACAAAGCUUUCUAAAGGGAUUUAAGGCUAACUCAAUAAGAGAAAUCAUGCCUGGUACUAUAAACCUAGCCAGUUGUGCCUAGGUGGUGAGGCCAUGGACUCUAGAGAACCUACUACCGCUACUUUUCACAAACCAGUGUAAUUCCUAACUGCAUUAUAAAUACUUACCCUUCUGCCCAGAGGUAAGUGCCAUUCUCACCCCUCAUCAAAGAAGCUUCUUCUUGCAGCAGAUGGAGACCUUACUAGAGAAAUCGCCGGUCUGCCAAAAUGCGAAGAGUUAGCAGACUGUGGGGUGUGCAGUCCCAAUUGAUAUAUCUACGUACAACCCCUAACCUAAGGCUUAGGGACCAUGUCAGAAGAGGAGCUGGAAAGAUUAUAAGCACCAAAUGACCAGGACAUUUUCUGGGAGACAGUGUCUUCAGUAUAUCACAAGGAAGCUAUAGUCACAAUGAUACCACCAGGUGACACCCCAAUAUGGAUGGAGGAAGUAUCACAAGGCCCCAUCACCAGAUGCAGAAAUACAGGCCAUUAAUGACUGCUUCAGGAGGAAGAAUCGGUGUUCUCAAGGGAUAAACCUCCCGAUGAAUUAUCUAAUCUGAAGCAAUCAGCCCUAAAUAUAUACAGUUACAAGCAACACCAAAUGGAUUCAGCAGGCUAUAUUUACAUAUACACGUGGGUAUAAAAUAGUUAUUAAAAGAAGAAGUCGUGCAUUUGAGAUGACUGUGGGACACAGGAGGAGUCUGAGCAGGGAGAAAGAGGGACUGAAAUGAUAUAGAUAUAGUACCUGUGUAUGAAAUAUUCAAAAUUGAAAAGUUACUGAGGGCAAGAGAGGAAAGAAUAUUCUCCAACAACUCAGAUAGUCAGAAUUUAUUCUCAAAAUGAGAAUGCAGAUGGACUGGUAAUCCCAAACUCAGAGAGCAGAGGUAAAAGCAUCUGGAGAUUCAAGCCAGCCUGUCUAUGUAAUGAGACCAUGUCUCAAAACAAAACAAAAAAUGAAAAAUAAAAUCUGGUUUCACUAUAACAAAAUGAGUUCCUGCCAGGCAAUGGUGACAUAUACUUGUAAUCUUAGCAGUGGAGAGGCUCAGGCAGGGGGAUUCCUGUGAGUCUGAGGCCACCCUGGGUUUAUGUGGGUGAUCCUAUCUCAUAAACACAAAAACCAAACAGAUAUGUUCAUGCUGCUCCUGGAAUGAGGUGCAAGGACAAAGAACCAAGGCACGUUAGCUUGCUCACAUUUGGCAACCCAAACAUAAACAGUAGUCUUCGAAUUUUAACAACAGUUAGUUGCUUGUACUUUUUGGUCAUCUAAACCUAAACUAAAGCAGAAGUAAACAGAUAAAACACCUACCCAAAAUAAAGAAGAACUUCACCAGAAAUAGUUUAUCCCAAUUUUUCUUCAUAUCUCAUUAAAACUACUCACUACCCAAUUUGCAACCAAAUCCACCUCUAAAUUCUCUUCACCUUACACUUAUGCCCAGGGAAUGAAAGCUCUGAUGGAAUACCUCAACUUUCUUUCCUGCAAAUGUCUCUCCUACAGAGGCCACAGCUUGGCACUUACAAAUUAACUGUGCAUCAGCAUAUUUAGCACAAGAAAAUUUAUGUUUAUCACAAUAAAUGUAUUUAUCAAAUUAUGUAUGUUUAGGGCCAGAAGCUCAUGGUCACUUUCAUAAAAGCUAGACUUGCUCUAACUUCCUAUGCUCAAGGCCUUGGCUUUGAUCUCCAGCAACUCAGAAAGAAAAAGGGUCGGGAGUCUAGUCUCAUGAAAGAAAAACAGGCUAAUCACUAAUGAGGCAAAACUUCCCAUUCAGACCAGACAUGCUAUUACCUCUAGAGCUGGGCUCCAUUCAGACACGAGUUAACAUGUUCUCAUUGCAGGGGAAUAGUUAAUUAUGCAACAUAAGGUAUAACUUGCUAAAUGCAUGCCUCAAUUCAUCAAGCUGUUUAAGUGAAGCUGAAAAAUACUUUCUGACUGUUUUAGCCUCAUAACUUGGAAAAUAGAUGAAAUACAUUCUUUAACUUUUUUAAAUGCACUAUUAAAAUAAUGUGUGUACGCGAGUGUGGAAACAUGUGUCUCAUGGUGCACAUGUGCCGGUCAGCAGAUGAGUUGUGGAGUAUGUCUCUCCUUCUACCUUUACACAGGUUCUAGGGAUUGAACUUGGGGUGUCAGACAUGCAUGGCAAGCACUGUAACCUGCUGAGUCAGCUCCCUGUUUUAUGUGUGAUACAUUCAUGAAGGAAAAACUCUGAAGUCAGAUGCACAAUAACAUUUAGAUAAACACAGAAAAAGUUAAUUACAUAAACCAAAGAAAAAAGGAGAUUAGCAGUUAUCUCUCUCUUGUUCCAAUAAUGCUAUUUUUUUCUUUCAAGAAUUUUCUAAAAUGGAGCUGGCAAGAUGGCUCAAGGGCUCUCAAGGCACUUGCCACCAUACCUGACAACUUGAGUACAAUCCUGCAUGGUGGAAAGAAAAAACUGAAUCCUUAAAGUCUUAUAUAUCUGCACAAACAUGCUAUAUGACACAUGGGUACAUGCAUCACACAAAAUAAUAAAUGUAGAAAAAUAUUUUUCUGGUAUGAACAACAACAACAAAGUCAACUACGACCCAUCAGAUUCAAUUUUGUUCAUUUAAGAUGGUCUCACUCGAUAGCCUAGCCUGGUCUUUAAGUCACUAUAGAGCCCAGGCUGCCUCCAGCUGCCUCUAAUUCAUGCCUUUAACCCUCCCUUGGCCUCCCCAAUGCGGGGAUUGCAGUCUACCAGCCACUGUAUUGGGCUUUUUUUUUUUAAAUUAACAACUAUCUUAGCAAGAAUAUAAGGUGCAACAAUAUUAUUUAAUUGUACCUUUGAAGUGUUGGUGCCCAUAACUAUACUAAACAAGUAUCUGCUUAAAUACUUUACUGUCUUAAGUCCUAAACUCAACAUCAUUUUCAAGCCUUUACCACUGAUAGUUUUUAAACUAUCAUGAAACAGAACAGUCUGAGGAACUUCUAUUAACAAAAGAAAAAGCAGGCAAAGUAUUUAUAAUGGAUAAAUGAAAAUUACCUUCUCUAAAACAGUACCCAACAAUUUUGAGUUACUUAAGAUAGAUAAAAUUGUUUUCUUACAAAAGAAAAAAAACUUCCCCAGGAGACUUUCAUACAGCUUAAACCAUUUGCAAACCACAGUUUCAUCUACGUCAGUUUGUAACAUUUUAAAACCACACAAAAAGGAAAGGAAAUUUUUAGUUCAGCAGGCAACCCUGAAAAAUGCAACUGCUAUCACUGUGGCCAACUAAACAGCCCAUGAUUCUCUGAAGAGCCGGACCCAGGCCUGCUCGGGCCAAAGAAGACACCGCCAGAUCCGUGGUUCAUUUUGUUUUUUAAUUAUUGAACUCAAGCUUCUCCCUGAAGAUGACAAACAGUUCACUGUUCUGUCCAGUUUACAGAGAUCUGGAACCAUUUACAUAUUUUUUUUACUUGGUUUUCCUCAUUGGAAUCAUUGGAAGUUGUUUUGCAACGUGGGCUUUUAUACAGAAAACCACCAAUCACAGGUGUGUGAGCAUAUACUUGAUUAAUCUGCUUACAGCUGAUUUCCUGCUCACUCUGGCAUUACCAGUAAAAAUUGUUGUUGACUUGGGUGUGGCACCCUGGAAGCUAAAGAUAUUCCACUGCCAAGUAACAGCCUGCCUCAUCUACAUCAAUAUGUACCUGUCUAUUAUCUUCUUAGCCUUUGUCAGCAUCGAUCGCUGUCUUCAGUUAAUACACAGCUGCAAAAUAUACCGAAUACAAGAACCUGGAUUUGCAAAAAUGAUAUCAACUGUUGUGUGGUUCAUGGUUCUUCUAAUAAUGGUGCCGAACAUGGUGAUUCCCAUCAAGGACAUCAAAGAAAAGUCAAAUGUAGGUUGCAUGGAAUUUAAAAAGGAGUUUGGAAGAAAUUGGCAUUUGUUAACAAAUUUCAUAUGUGUAGCAAUAUUUUUAAAUUUCUCAGCCAUCAUUUUGAUAUCCAACUUCCUUGUAAUUAGACAACUCUAUAGAAAUAGAGACAAUGCAAACUAUCCAAAUGUGAAAACAGCUCUAACCAACAUUCUCUUGGUGACAACUAGUUACAUCAUAUGCUUUGUUCCUUACCACGCUGUCAGGAUCCCAUACACCCUCAGUCAGACGGAGGUCAUAUCUGAUUGCUCAACGAGGAUCUCCCUCUUCAAAGCCAAAGAGGCCACACUGCUCCUGGCUGUGUCCAAUUUGUGUUUUGAUCCAAUCCUGUACUAUCAUCUCUCAAAAGCAUUUCGACUGAAGGUCACUGAGACUUUUGCCUCGCCUAAAAAGACUAAGGCUCAGAAAGAAAACUCAAGAUGUGAAAAUGAUGUGUAAAAUACAGGGGUCUGCAUGCUAGUUCCCUACGGAACCACAAAGCCGUUCAUAGUUUUCAAAGAUAAAGGAAGAUAAACAGUAAUAAAAGCUGCUGACAGCUAGCAAACAUGGACUGGUUCCUGUGAGAAGUCCUUUUCUCAAUACAAGCCAACCCUGUACUCAGUUGCUGAUAUUCUUUAGCCCAAAUAUUUGUACAGGAAAGUUAACAGAGCAUGUUGAACCAGGGUCAACUGGGUGACCAAAGUGAGAAGAGCCAUGGCAAGGACUCAGGGGCUCAUUUCAAUGGCUGCAAAUGACUUCUUGAUGAAAAUAUGCCAAAUAAUCAGCAUCUAAGUUGCCGGAAGCCCUCCAGCUACAUGAUCUUAAAGGUCUUAAUCAACCUCAAAAAAUAAAGAUAUCAAAAUACCCGGCAUCAUCUUCAUUUUUAUCCUACCUCUUUGAAAGUUAGUAAAUGCUCUAUUUAGUACUCUUAUUUUUAACAUCUGAUUUUUUGCAACACAAUAACAAAUUUUAGUUAUGAAAAGUUUACAGCGACAGGAACUGUGGCUCACUGUGGUUAAUUCCAGCACCCUGGAGGCUGAGACAAAAGGGUCAUUAUGAGUUUGAGACUAGCAUGGGCUACAAAGUGAAUUGCAGGCCAUCCUGGCCUAUAAAAUGGAUCCUAUCCCUAAUUAACUUUAAAAGGGUAUUGCAAAUAAAUGGGUAUGUUUUUUAGCAACACAAGGGAGCUGUUAAAUUAUAUUAACUAUUGAAACUGUUUUGGAAGUAAAAGUCCACAUCAAAGGUAUUAGAAAAGUAAGACCAGCAAAAGAGUCUUAAAGUAGAGACAUGGACUCAUACUACCAGGCCACGCUAGGAACAUAACCUAUAUUAGGCCACAGUACCUCUCAAAUCUAUAGAGGCCCAGCAAUCAGAAAGAAUCUGCAGUACAAAGUACAAGUCACUCCAGCUCUGACUAGAUCCUCUCCACUCUCCACUGCCAGUACAUACACAGGUGAGGCAUGGCAUUAAAUAAACUUACUAAGAAAAUCUGAAAAGUACUCAUGAGCAUUACAAAGUUUGCAUUUGU